AUGCGUAAGUCAGAUUCGUUCCAGCCACCCACUCCAGGUGGGUUACAGAAGAACAAGGAGGCCUUUAGCUCCCCGCCACCAUUCAUCACCCUUAGCCAGCCGCCUGACGUUCAGCAUGGGUCUCAGCUGUUUACCAAGCUACACCUGGCUGAGAUAGAGAAUAUGUUUGAGGAGGACGUCAACUCAACUGGAGCCCUGGACAUGGAGGCUUUCAUCAAGGCCAUGAAGAAGAUUUUGAGCAAUGUGUCGGAUGAGAUGCUAGAGGCACUAUUUUUGAAGAUGGACUCAGACUGUAAUGGCUUCGUCACAUGGCAGAAGUACGUGGAUUACUUGAUGCAGGAGUUCCAGGGAACGGAGGAGAUGAGGAAGAGCCAGUACCACCUGCGCUUCCACCUUCCCAUGAUGAUCGUCCCCCUGUAA